CGCCAUGAAGGUAUUUGUUUUUAUCGGCAUUCUUUUGCUAGCCCAUACACGGGCCAUACUCUUGAAAUACCCAAAGGACUAUGUAAAAAGUUCGUUCGAGAGUCGUGUCAUUGGCGGAGAAAACGCAACGGAGGGCUUUGCGCCCUAUCAAAUUUCGUUGCAAAGCAUUUAUGGAUAUCAUUCCUGUGGUGGGGUUAUUAUUAACAAAGAUUGGAUAGUAACUGCUGGGCAUUGUGUUUAUGGGAAGACAGCGGACAGUAUAAAGAUUGCUACCGGAACUAACGAAUGGGAGAAACCGAAUGCCACAUACUACGUGAAGGCAAUUCAUGUGCAUUGCCGCUACAACACCCCGUCUAGCCACAAUGAUAUUGCCUUAUUAAAUCUAAAUACAUCGAUUGUUUUCAAUGAGAAAACCCAGCCGAUAGAACUGCCAACAGAACAGAUGACGGAGGGCGAUGAGGUCAUACUGACGGGCUGGGGCACAACAGAAUUGUAUGGUGAUACUCCGGAAAAGUUGCAAGUGGUGUACCUGAACUAUUUGCCGUAUAAAAAAUGCGCGGAAAUGGUUAACUAUAACCCUUCUAUGGAUUAUGGACAUAUGUGCACAUACACGAAAUAUGGCGAGGGUGCAUGCCAUGGCGACUCUGGGGGACCGCUGGUGAACGACGGAAAAUUGGUUGGUGUAGUUAAUUGGGGCUACCCUUGUGCCGUAGGCUAUCCAGAUAUGCAUGCUAGUAUUUUCUUUUAUAUGGAUUGGAUACGCCGAACACUGAGUGCUUAGUUUAAACUAUUUAAUGGAAGAAAAAUAACUAUUUUUUAUUAAAGGCCGUGCAAUAAAAAUAAACCUUUUUUGUUAUACAGGAGAAAUUGCAUUUGCACGCGAAGCAAUAGAUUUUGCUGCAUACUCAGUUUUUCAUUUUCUUAACAAUUUAAUUUAUUGAAGGGCUUUAAAAUUUCAAGCGAGAAAACGUAAAAGGAGUUGUCCAUUGCGUAUACUUGAUUUCAUAGGAAGAAAGUUCAAUUUUUUUUGCAUUUCAAUAAAACAGCAAGAAUUAUACGAA